CAAAGCACCACCACAAUAGGUCUCUGCUCCCCAUUUUAUUCUUAUCCUCUUUACCUCGUUAGAGAAAACAACAAUGGCUUCCACAACCAUAAACCCAACCCACUGUCCACGCAUUAACAGCCGACACCAACACCAACACGGGGCCGUGGUGGAGGAAAUCGACGGCCUCAUUAGGGUUUACCGAGACGGGCACGUCGAAAGACCGCCCAUCGUCCCCAUCGUCACGAGCACGGUAGCCCCCGAGCUCGCGGUGACGUCUCGAGACAUUGUCAUCGAUAAGCUCACAAGCAUCUGGGCGCGUUUCUAUGUUCCCCAACGCCACGGGCAGCUCCCGUUGCUCCUCUACUUCCACGGUGGCGGGUUUUGCAUUGGCUCGGCCGCCUGGAGUUGCUACCACAGCUUCCUAGCUCAGCUCGCUGCCUGUGCGGGCUGCGCAAUCAUGUCGGUAAAUUACCGGUUGGCGCCGGAAAACCUGCUUCCGGCGGCCUACGAGGAUGCGCUCGAGGCCCUAAAGUGGGUGAGACGAGAAGCCCUCUGUGGGAGUGAGGAACGCCAAUGGUGGUCAAAGAAGUGCAAUUUCUCAAGCAUAUUUCUGGCUGGCGACAGUGCUGGUGCCAACAUAGCCCACAACGUGGCCACGAGGUUGGGCUCUAGUAAAACAUGGGCUCUGAGGCCUUUGAACAUCAAAGGGACCAUUCUAAUACAACCGUUCUUUGGGGGAGAGGCCCGGACCUACUCCGAGCAGUACGAGCAGCCGCCACAUUCAGGACUGAGCUUGGCCACUGCAGACACGUACUGGCGGCUGGCGCUCCCACCCGGCGCCAGCCGCGACCACCCAUGGUGCAACCCAGUGGCAGACGGAUCAGUCAAGCUGGAGGAGCUGAGACUGUUUCCGACCAUGGUUUGCAUAUCGGAGCGCGACAUAAUGAAGGAUAGGGAGUUGGAGUUCUGCGCAGCUAUGGCUGCGGCGGGGAAGGCAGUGCAGCAUGUGGUGUAUGAAGGCGUAGGGCAUGCCUUUCAGGUCCUGAACAAGUCUCGGCUCUCAGAGACGCGAACUCAGGAAAUGAUUUCUCAUAUCAAGAGCUUCAUCAGUCAAUGACCUUAUUUUAAUUUGAUUUGAGUAUCGAUGUUUACUGUGGUAAACGAUUAAGAAAAUGUAUUAUUCUU